AUCGCGGGCGGAUCUGACGUCGGAAAACAGGUCGGAUUUGCGCACGGUUGUCCAGCUAGUGAGUGCUUUCUGAAAGUCACAAUUCCAAAUACAUAACAGAAAAGGUUUAGCGAUUUAACAUGGAUAUGGACGAUUCCUACAGUUCACUGAGACUGCAAAUCGUUGCCAGCAUUAAGAGGAUAGCGAAAUCAUAUUCUCAAGAUGUCCAGCGUCAGAUUGCACAGUUGCAGAGAGGAGAGGUGCCUACUUACCUGCUUAAAAGUAAUUCACAAGAUUGGAAAGUCCUGAAGAACGAAGACAGGUUUGAUUACUGCGUGACUGUAAUAACAGAGAAGGCGAUUACGGAAGCUGCGGAGCUCAUUAUGUAUGAAUAUGAAGGGCUUGUAGAAAAAUUAUUUGCAACUUUCAAUUGUAAAGUAUUCGAGGACAUGCCCGAAACUGACCACUUGAAUCUUCAGCAAGAAAAAAACAGAAGCGACUUGCAGCCAGUGUGGGAAUCCGUGUGUUGCAAAGAGGAUACUCUUCGCCGAGAAAGCAGCAGCGAUCAGCUUGUUUCAGGAAAACCAGAAGCCGGAGAAGAACACCUUAGUGUUGAGCAUCGGGCGCCAGACAUGACUCACGACGUAGCGAAUGAAACAUAUGACUGUAAACGGAAGCCUGAAGUACAUGACAGCUUUGGGACACACAGAAAUCGUUAUUUGACCAGAUCAGCUUGUGUUAUUUCCCGUGUUUCUAAAAUUCGGAAAGAAAUCCAUCCAGGUUUAAGAAGUCGGGUAGCCGGAUAUCAAGGAUCUACCGAAGCCUCUUUGCAUCUUGAAGUUGGCCUUAGCCACGUGGGCAGUGCAAACAUCUUCUCUUUGGAAAAUGAAGAAGGAUCUCCCAAAUAUGUUUCAAAUAACAUGGAGCAACCCGAUACGUUUUCAGACUGUAAUUCAGAGCGAGGGUCAAUGAACACUGAAGGAAAAGAGUCAAUUAGGGUGAAAGAAGAGGCCUCCGAAGUCAAUUUAGAUUCUGAUACUAAGGGGAAAGUUUUUGUUGUAAAAUGUGUAGAAGAAAACAUCUUCAGCAUGAAUGCAGCACAACAUAGCAGCUCUCUGCCCACUGCUGAAGAACACCAUUUAUGUAAUGGUGGGCACGAGGAAACGGAGAGAACAGACAAGAAGCAUAUAAAGACAGAGUGUUUAAAAGAGUUGCAGCAAGCCCAUGCUUCAGAUGAGAUGCACAUCAAUGAGAAAAGCACAGAGACCCCCACAAAAUUAGAUGGUGCCCAAAACAGAAACCAGAAAGCGGGAAACAGCAAUGCAGGUACUGCUUUGGGAAAGCCCGUUAUCCAAAUGAUAAACCUAAAAUUAACGCAAACUGAAAACAACACAUACCGAAGCACAGAAUUUGGGAAGACUGGAUACGUUAACGUUUGUGAAGAUGUUCACCCAGGAGAAAACGUUCACCAAUAUCCUAUAAGUAAAAAACCUUUCAUCCAUCCUGCAGUCCUUAAUGAACAUCAAAAAAAGCACCCAGCAAAAAAGCCACACCAGUGCAAUGAAUGUGGCAAGAGUUUCCAACAGGCGGCACACCUUAAAAUACAUAAGAGCAUUCACACCGGAGAAAAACCGUUUCAGUGUAAUGAAUGUGGAAAAGCUUUCAGCCUGGCUUUGUACCUUAAAAGACAUGAAAGAAUUCAUAUGGGGAAGACUUUUCACCAAUGUACUGAAUGUGGAAAAAGUUUUUGCUAUGCUGAAAACCUCAUAAGACACAAGAAACUUCACUCUGGUGAAAAGCCCUACCAUUGUGCUGAAUGUGGGAAGGCGUUCAGCCAGGCUUGGAACCUUAAAGCACAUAAGAUGAUUCACACAGGAGAAAAACUGUACAAGUGCACUCAGUGUGAAAAGGCUUUUUACCAUAAUACAGAGCUCAGACGACAUCAAAGAUGUCACACAGGAGAAAAGCCAUUCCAGUGUAAUGAAUGUGGAAAGGCCUUCAGCAGGUUGUCUACUUUAAAGGCACACAGAAGGAUCCACACUGGGGAAAAACCGUACGAGUGUGCCGAAUGUGGAAAAACGUUUACUUGGUUUAUAUCUUUUAAAAAACAUAAGAAUAUACACGCAGAAGAAAAGAAGUACCAGUGCAGUGAAUGUGGAGUAACGUUCUCUUAUUCUAUAUCCUUAAUGAAACAUAAGAGAACUCAUACUGGGAAGAAGGUACAUUCCUAUCAUAUUUUCACUGAUCAGCUUGCGUCCAGCACUGAGAAAACAGCGAGCAUGCCCUCCCAGACUGCUUUGUGCAAUACCGAUAAACAGAUCAAAGGUGACCAAGAAAGCCUGAAGACGGGAGACGCUUCUGAUUCUGAUGUGUCAAAAAUAAAUGCAGCAGAAACUAAAACGAACGAGGAGGUUGUGAUUUCUGAAUUGGUUGGCUUAGUAAGGAGAGAAUCUUCAGAUGUCACGUUUAAAGCGACUAAAGGCAAGACGGAAAACGGAGGCUUGGCUCAGCCGUUAGCAUCAUGGGUGGUGUGUAAGGACGAGACCCUCACACGACCUCCUGUGGCUAGCGGUGAACUGCUGAGACGACAGGCCGAUGACGGGCGUGAUGCGCAGGACUGGGCGCCUGUCACAUCGCUUGGCUCCAUCGGUCAAGCAAGUGCGUGUAAACAGGAGCCACGUGUGUCCGAGUCCACGGCAAUAAGCGCUGAUUUGAAUCGAGAGAGUCCAGUUACUGGCAGCUUUGUAUCCUUCCAAAGCCAUAAGAAGGGAAAAAUGGACAUAAACUGCCGAAGAAAUGGAGACCAAGGACUUCCUGAAGCCCCAAUUCAUAUUUCACAGAGAAUCGACCAUUUUUGUAAGAACAGUCCGACCGUACAGAAAAUUGUCAUCACUGGCUCUUUAGAAACUGAAGGAAAACCCUCUCAGAUGAUUUCUGGUUUCAUUAAGAAAGAAGAUUACCAUAUAGACAUUUCUGGUAUUUCAGAAGAAAGGAUAAAGCAGGGAUCGCUUGACCUCAUGGAGGAAGGAUUAACUAACAUCAAAGAGGAGGUUUUGGAAGUGGAGAUUUCUUCCAGUAUAAAGAAAGAGAUGACCACGGUAAAUGAAGUUAAAGAAACCAGUCCAGCAACUGUGGACAGCAUUCGUUCAUCACCUUCGCAAGCCUGUGAACCAGAAGGACCUCCUCAAGCCUCUUGCCAUGUUGUAGAGGGAAUAGCUCACUUUGGACAGGGCCUCUUGGAGCUGGGCAGUUUGGCUGGGCAGAGAGAUGCAGAAGCUGGAUGUUUGGAAACUGAAGAGGGAGUUUCUGGUAACAUUAAGCAAGAAGAGGAUACUCAAGUGGACUUUAGUGGUGUUUCAGUUGACGGUAUGGAGCAGGGAUACAUUAACAGUAUUAAGGAAGAGUUUGUUGGUUUUAAAGAGGAGGUCUCCAAGUUGGGGUUUUCUACCAGUGUUAAGGGCCAGAUUCUUGCUGUGGAAUGUGAUGGUGAAGAUAUUCUCACUCUGUAUAAAGUUAAGGAAGCUACAUUAGAGUCUGUGCAAGUCAGAUCAUCUUUACCUCAGCAAGACUGUGGGCCUGGAAGUGAGUAUAUGAAGAGUUUAGGAGAGAACCUGACAUGUGAUGAAAAUAUUGAGAGCAGAUCUGAGUUGCAUUGCUGUGAUGAAUGCUGUAUGACCUUCAUGAAACUGCGUCAUCUUAAAAUCCACAAGAGAAUUCAUACAGGGACCAAACCUUAUGAAUGUAGAGAGUGUGGAAAGAUCUUUGGCUGUUCAAAAAACCUUAAGCAGCAUCAGAGAAUUCACAUGGAAGACAAACCUUACCAAUGUUCUGAAUGUGGACUGACGUUUAGGUUUAACGGACAGUUCAAAUAUCACCAGAGAACCCACACCGAAAAAAAAAACUACCAAUGCACCGAAUGCUCCAAGUCUUUCAGUCGGUCUGCUCACCUUAAGCAACACCAGAGGAUUCACACAGGAGAAAAACCCUUCCAGUGUAAUGAAUGUGGGAGAACUUUCAGCUGUAAUAGAAACCUAAAGCACCACCAGAGAAUUCACACAGGCGAAAAACCGUACCAGUGCACAGAGUGUGGAAAGACUUUCAGCCGUGCUGCAAACCUUAAAGAGCACCAGAGAAUUCACACGGGAGACAAACCCUACCGAUGUGCAGAAUGCGGUCUCACCUUCCGCUUUAGUGGACAGUUUAAAUUUCACAUGAGAAUUCACAGAGGCGAAAAAUCGUACCAGUGCAAGGAAUGUGGGAAAUCCUUCACCUGCUCUCGGAUGCUGAAACAACACAAGAUGAUUCACAAAGGAGAACGAGUGUACCGCUGCUCGGAGUGCGGAAAGAAUUUCAGCUGUUUUACAAACCUUAAUCAGCACUUGAGAAUUCACACCGGGGAGCGACCGUUCCUGUGUCCUGAAUGUGGAAAGACUUUCAGUCGAGCAGAGAACCUAAAACAGCAUCUGAGAAUUCACACUGGUGACAAACCAUACAGAUGUGCUGAAUGUGGGGACAGUUUCAGGUUUAGUGGACAGUUUAAACGCCACCAGAAAAUUCACAUGGGAGAAAAAGCAGCAAGCCUUCUUCUGCCUUCAAUGGAUGUGUGGAACUCAAGUAAUAAUAAUAAUAGUAAUGGUCUAUGGGAAAAUAUAACUGAAAACCAUAGACAGGAGAGCAGAGAAGAGCCGAGAAGAUCCGAGACGACGGUGAAUAUUCAGAAAAUUGAAAGACUUUCAUUAGCUUCUAUCCAUAUUUCAGAGGAAACGUCUCACUUUUACCAGGACAGUGUGGCUGUGCAGAGAGCUGCAGAUGCUGUGUUUUGGAAAAUUGAAGAGGAAACUCCUGGGCAGAUGUCUAGUGCCAUUAAGCCAAAAGGAUUCCCUAGAAUUCCCAAUAGCAAUUUGGAGCAGGAAUCCAUCAGUACUAAGGUAGAGGAGCUGAAGUCAAAUAGAGCUAAUGAGGGAAUCACUGUUGAAUGUUCUUCUUCCAUUAAAGAAGAGAUUCCUGCUGUGGAGAGCGCAGAUGAAAAUAAAUUAGUCAUGUACACAUCUAAAGAAAGCCAGCUACAGUGUGGCCAGAAAAGGCUGUCCUCAGCUCAACAAGCAUGUGGAUGUACAGAAACGUGUGAAACCUCCUGCCAUUUUGGAGAGGGAACGGCUCACCUUUGUUUGGAUUCCUUGGAGGCAGACAGUGCAGUUGUACAAAGAGUCACAAAUAAUGGUGAUUUGACAGGCAAAAAUGAAGUUCCUGAAGUCAUUUCUAUACACAUUAAAGAAGAAGAUAAUCAAGUGGACAUUAAUUGGGUUCCCAACAAUGUUGUGGGUCAGGGAUCCAUCGGAACUAAUAAGGAAGAAUUGAUCGCAGUCAAAGAUGAACUGCUGGAGGUAGAAGUUUCUUCCAUUACCAAGCAAGACAUGCUAGCUGUAGAGUGUUCAUGUGAUGAUGAAUCCACUGAGUAUAAAGUGAAGGACUCUGAUCUGAAGAACGAGAAGGAAAGUCUAUCUUCAGCUCAGCAGGAGUGUUUGACUGAUCAUAAGCAAGUACAUAUCGAGAGUUUAGGGACAAAUUUCAUGGAGAGAAGAAGAACUGAAAACCUUCAACUGGUACAUUCUAGGGUGCUGCAACCAAAUUACGGAGAAAAAUCCAAAUUACAAGAUCUAAAAAUCAAGGUUGUUCGUACAGGAGGUAAACCGUACCAGUGCACUGAAUGCACAAAAAACUUUACUUGUUCUAGAAGUCUUAAACACCACCUGAGAAUUCACACAGGAGAAAAACCGUACCAGUGCUCUGAAUGUGGUCUGGCCUUUAGGUUCAGUGCCCAGUUUAAAUACCACCAGAGAAUUCAUAUCGAAACAAAAACAUACCAAUGUGCUGAAUGUGGAAAGACAUUCAGCUGGGCCGCACAUCUUAAACAACACCAGAAAAUUCACACGGGAGAGAAACCGUAUGAAUGCCGUGAAUGUAGUAAAUCAUUCAGCUGCUCUAGAAACCUUAAACACCACCAAAGAAUCCACACGGGAGAAAAACCAUUCCAGUGUCCUGAAUGUGGGAAGAUGUUUAGUCGAGCUGAAACCCUCAAACAGCAUCAGAGGAUCCACACAGGAGAUAAACCGUACCAGUGUACUGAAUGCGGAUUGACUUUUAGGUUUAGUGCACAAUUUAAAUAUCACCAGAGAAUUCAUUCUGAAGCAAAAAUAUACCAGUGUGUCGAAUGCACCAAGUGUUUCAGCUGGGCUGCACACCUCAAGCAACAUCAGAAGAUUCACCUCGGAGACAAACCGUACCAGUGCAAUGAGUGUGGCAAAAUGUUCAGUUGUUCGAGAAACCUUACACAUCAUCAGAGGAUCCACACAGGAGAAAAACCAUUCCAGUGUCCCGAAUGUGGAAAGACUUUCAGUCGGGCCGAGACCCUCAAACAACAUCAGAGAAUUCACACAGGAGACAAGCCGUACCAGUGCCCUGAAUGUGGAUUAACCUUUCGGUUUAGUGGGCAGUUUAAUUUCCACGUGAAAGUUCACACGGAAAAACGAACAUACGAAUGUCCUGAAUGUGCAAAAUCUUUCAGCCGAGCUGCAAACCUAAAACAGCAUCAGAGAAUCCACACGGGAGAAAGACCUUAUCGGUGCAGCGAGUGCGGAAAUGCUUUCAGUCGGGCCGGAACUCUAAAACACCACCUGAGGAUUCACACUGGAGAUAAACCGUACCACUGCGCCGAAUGUGGGAAGACUUUUAGUCAAGCUGAAACCCUUAAGCAACACCAGAGAAUCCACACGGGUGAUAAGCCAUACAAAUGUGAUGAAUGUGGAAGGACUUUCAGAUUUAAUGGACAGUUUAAGCGCCACCUGAGAAUUCACACUGGAGAAAGACCCCACAGAUGUGUAGAAUGUGGAAAGACCUUCAGCUGGGCUACAUACCUCAAACUUCAUCAGAAAAUUCACACGACAUCCAAAAGUAAGAGACCUGCUGAAGAGAGAAUGCGGCUCGUUGACUUGGGCCACGCUAAAGAGACUCUUGACAUGGGCUCUUUAAAAACAGAAGAGGAAGACCCUGAGCAGAUUUAUGCGUUCAUUAAAGAAGAAGAUAUUCAAGUGAACAUUGUGGAGCUUUCAGAUUAUGAUAUAAAACAAGAAUCCAUCAGAAUUAAAGAAGAAGAAGAGGAGGAGGAGGAAGAGGAAGAAGAGGGAUCCGUUCACAUUAAAGAAGAACUUUUGGAGAUGGAGCUUUCUUCCCCAAUUAAAAGGGAAAUACUUACGGUGGAGUGGACAGAUGAAGAUGUACUUAACGAAACCCAUCUGAUGGGUUUACAAGAUGGUCUGUCUGAGGGACAACAGGGCUGCAGGCUCAGUGGUGACCAUGCAACAAAAAAGAGAGUGAGAAAGAAGGGAGGCAACUUAGGAAAGCAGGCCCAGGCUCUUGUUGCUGGUGUGCUGAAGCCAAGAGAAAACCCGUACCAUUGUCCUGAAUGUGGGAAAACGUUUAAGUGCUCUAAAUCAGUCAAGCUGCAUGAGAAAAUUCACAUGGGAGAAAAACCAUACGAUUGUCCUGAAUGUGGAAACGCAUUCAGGUGUUUAAAAAACUUGAAACAUCACCAGAAAAUCCACACUGGAGAAAAACCUUACCGUUGCACUGAAUGCGGAAACACAUUCAGGUCUUCCAGUAACCUUAAACAACACCAGAUCAUUCACACAGGAGUAAAACCACAUCAGUGUACUCAGUGUGGAAAGACGUUUGCCCGAGCUGAAAGUCUGAAACAACAUCAGAGGAUUCACACGGGAGAAAAGCCGUACCAAUGCGUGGAAUGCGGAAAAAAGUUCAGCUGUUCCACAACGCAUAAGCAACACCAGAUAAUUCACAGAGGAGAAAAGACGCACCAGUGCAACGAAUGUGGAAAAACGUUAAUCAAUUCUAGAAACUUUAAACUUCACCAGCGAAUCCACACGGGAGACAGACCAUACCAGUGUCAGGAAUGUGGAAAGACUUUCCGCUGGCCAGAAAACCUUAAGCAACAUCGGAGAGUUCACACCGGGGAAAAACCAUAUCACUGUACUGAAUGUGGAAAGACUUUCAGCCAGGCUAUGAGCCUGAAGUGCCAUCGCAGGAUCCAUACGGGAGAAAAACCAUACCAGUGUACAGAAUGUGGGAAGAAUUUCAGCCAGAUUCCACACCUUAAACACCACCAGACCAUUCACACUAGACACAAAAAACUCAAAUCCGGCUUGGAAAAGUUAAACCAAGAAUGAUCUGAACACAGAGGGAGAAAUAAUAGAAAAGAGCAAAGCUGGUAACGCAGUCCAAGACGUGUCAGUUGUGAAGCACGAGCAUUCAAACUCUACUGGGGUUCUCAAGGCAUAUCCAAAACAACAUUUAAGACCAAUAUUGUCAUUGUAUUUAUUACAAAGGCUCCUUAGAAUAUUGAAAAGCAAGCAUUGUAGGUAAUGGUGUAAGUAAUAGGCAGAUUUGAAAAAGAAUUUAAAGAAAAACCAAAGUAUGCAACCAAAUAAUAAUUUUUCUUUUCAUAUAACAGAACACAAAAGGAGUUCUGGGAUUAAAGGAUAUUAUUGUGCCAAAUGUGAAAAUAUUUUACGCUGGACUGAAACCCUUACAUAAUCCUGUAGAAUUUAAGUAACGUUUUAGUCCAGGCUCGAGUUGGGUCAUUGAGGAUGCAUUAUUUUCAACAGUAAAUAACCCCCACUCCCCAAACAAUUAGAAAUACACAAAUAGGACAAUAAUCCUGUUAUAACACUAACGAUAAAGUAAGGAUGUGCUUUUAUCAAAGUAUAGAAAGAAGGAAGCACGAUACAGCUUGUCUUUGUUCUCCACGUAAGCAAGGGAUUUAUGGGAGUGGGCAGUAUGGUGGUACUAUGGUUAUUGUUUAUGCCUCAUAAGGUCCAGAGACUUGGGGUCAAAUUGCAUCCUUGUCAGUGUCUGGGUGGCUUUUUUCAGGGUAUAUCCCAAAGACUUACAUAAUCUAUUGAUUGGUGAAUCAUCCACACGAAAUCAUCAUACAUUGACCCAAAAAUACGUGGCACCUAAUGUGGGGUUGGUUCUGUUCCAUUGAUAGUGUUGAUUUCAGGCAAUGCUGUGGUCCAUUAAUGAACUAAGCAGGUUCAUAUUAUGAAUGAAUGGCAAAGACUUGAAUUACAUCCACAGCUGGCCAACUCUCUUUUGAUGAUUGAUACUUUAUUGAUCCAAAAGUGAAACUGUAGAUAAGGCUGAUUGCUUCAAAGACUUCUCAUUAUACAGGUAUGAGAAAAGGUGAGUACUGAGAAUGAGUUGAUAGUUUGGUUUAAGCUAACUACGUAUUAUUUUACAUUCAUCACGGAGGGUAAUGGAAUUCCAAAGCUAAAACUUUGCCAUAGAAUACAGGUGCAUCUCGAUGAAUUAGAAUAUCAUCGAAAAGUUUAUUUCAGUAAUGCAAUUCAAAGAGUGAAACUCGUAUCUUUGUAUAUAACUAGUCAUUUAGCCCGUUACAAUAACGGGCGCUAGAACAGUAGUGCAUAAACAUUAGUAGGAACAGUCUAUAUUAAAUGGCAAGGGACUUUGACCUCAUUCUUUUUGUUGGUCGUAUUUUUCUUUCUUUCAGCCUUUCUUUUGUUGAUGUUUACUUGCUGAGCUGACCGUUCUUCGUGGGCUGCCGCCGUGUAUUGUGUGUCUUUAAUUUUCUGCGACAGUAAUACUGUCUUGUAUGGCUCUGUUCAAUAAGGGCACGCACAAAAAGGCGAGCUUCAAAAGGGCGACCUCAAUUGAGCGCGGCGAAUAAAGGCGUUCGUAGAUAAUUUAGUUCAAAUGGCUCUGGAAUAUGUGAAGAGCAACAAAGGUGCAGAUCUUUAUGUACGCGCGCCUUUAUUCGCUGUGCCCAAUUGAGGUCGCCCUUUUGAGGCUCGCCUUUUUGUGCGCGCCCUUAUUGAAGCAUACCGUCUUGUACGUCCGCUGGCUUGUACGUCCAUAAUAUACCUUUAAUUUUCUCUGGCGGUAAUACAGGCGUGCACAUCGGUAAUAUUCCUUUAAUCUCCUCUGACAGUAAUACUGGCUUGUAUGUGGCUGUAAUAUGCAUCACUGUAUUGUGUACCUUUAAUUUCCUCUCGCAGUAAUACUGGUUUGUAUUUCCGUAAAACUUUCUCUGACAGUAUUAUCGUGCAUCGCACCGUGCCCUGCGCAUGCGCACUUCACCAGAAGACACCCACACACGGACACCUGGAUGCACAUAGGGAUUUUAUAUAUAUAGAUACGCUACCGUGGCUGUUCGUUUGUUUGUCCAGGAUUUUAAAUCCCCUGUAGCUCGCAACUUGUUUGACUUAUUGACCUGAAAUUUGGUACACAUAUACUAUGUGACGUCUACUGUCUGCUUUCAGGGUGAUAAUUGACCUCCAAGGUUAUUCCUCUUUUUAUUUUAUUUUAUUAUAGAAUCAACUCUCGGUAAUGGCCAGCAUGUGUACGGGUGCCGUUCUCAUCCCUACCACCUUCGCCAUCACUUCCCCUACCUCUUCAUAUCUUAAAUCAUUCUUGAGGCAGAUUGAAGACUUAAGUGCCAGCUUAAGUGAAAAAUUAAAGAAAAUGUACUAAGUAAUUGCAACACAAACACUGACUUAAUCAGUUUUGACGCGAAAAGAUGCAGACGAAAGAAGAGAACAAGUGGGCCGCUAGGGUGGAGAUAAGAAGAGCUGCUCAGGAAGCAGCAAGCGCAUCAACUUCUGAGCGAACGAAUGCUAAAUGUACGGAGAAAGAGGAUGAAAACUAGGAAUACUCAAGUCAAGUGUAUUCACUGCACGUUAUCGAGCAGUGUGCCGUUACUGUAUUAUAUAGAUUGAUUACACACAGAGUGAUAUAUUUCAACCGUUUAUUUCUUUUCAUUUUGCUGAUCAUAGUCUAAUGAAAACUCAAAAUUCAGUGUCUCAGCAAAUUAGAAAUCAUUGAUAUUAAAAAUAUAUUUUUUUUUUUAUCGGUCUUAUGUAAUUUUCUAAUUACAUGAGUAAUGAUAUGAGUUUCACUCUUUGAAUUGCAUUACUGAAAUAAAUGAACUUUUCAAUGAUAUUCUAAUUUAUUGAGAUGCACCUGUAGGUUUCUGUCCCCAGGAAAAUGAAAGAAAAGAAAUUCUUCUUGGAAAAAGCGACGAGGAGGCCAUGUGCUAUUUUUAAUAGUGUAAUUAUUAUUUGGAUGUUAUUGUUAUUAGUAUAUAUCUGUACUUUUCACCUCGGUCUACAUAAAUAAACUCUUGAAGAUAGCAAA